CGAGCUGCCGGCCGUGCCACGCACAACUGCAUCCUUGCCUCCACCACGAUACUCGUCUUUGGAUUCAACCUCUUAUGCUGCUAUGAUUGUACUUGCAAGAUCAACGGGCCUACUGUUGAAACUACCGCGAGCACAGUCUGUCUUACGGCCGCUUGUCCUAAGCCGCGCCUACGCGCUCUCCAGGUUCCCUGAACGAGGCACUGGCAGCAGUAGACAGCGCCCCCGAGUAACUCUGCGCGCAGAAUCAGCGAGGGGACCGCAUGGCUUUGAUAGCCCUCCGCAAGAAGACCGGCCCUCGUCAGAGGAGUCGCCGCUCUGGGACGAAAGCCAAAGAGGUCCUUUCAGUGAUCCCGAGGACGGGUUGAAGAGAUUGCUUCUGGGCCAUGAAGAGCUUGUCGUAACAAGGCAGAUAGAGAUGCUCAACAUCUUCGUCGGGUUUGAGCAGACGAACCGAUAUGUCAUUACAAAUACGGAUGGUGAAACACUGGGAUUUAUUGCUGAAGAGCCACGAGGGUUUUUCGCGACAUUCGGACGUCAGAUAUUUCGUACGCAUCGGCCAUUCCGUGCAGUGGUCAUGGAUGCUUACGGGACGCCCGUCCUCUGGGUUCGACGCCCCUUUGCGUGGAUAAACUCCCGGAUGUUCGUGCAACGCCUCCAAGGCGAGCCUGUGCUUGAUACAUUUGGUGAGGUGCAGCAGCUAUGGCACCCGUGGCGCAGACGAUACGACCUGUUUCUCAGUCUUCACACACUGGCCAAGAUAGACGAAGGAUUCCUUGCUUGGUAUUUCUUCCUCCGGGAUGCGCGAGGGCAAGAGAUUGCCAGCAUCCGUCGCGCCUUUAGAGGCUUUGGUCGGGAGCUAUUCACCGAUACAGGCCAGUAUUUCAUUCGCUUCAGUUCUCUACCGUCAGACGCGGAGGAUCCUACGCCGAGAGCCCCUUACGUUGUUCGCGACCUGAACCUUGAGGAAAGAGCCGUGGUCUUCACGUCCGCGUCACUGAUACCGUCAUGCACAGUCAAUGUUGACUUUGAUUACUUCUCACACCAUUCAUCUGGAAGCCCCGGGUUUGGUAUGUGGUUCUUCUCUGCAGGCGAAGACUAGAUACAUUCCCUAUGAAUGCUGUACCGAACUCUCAAUUGCAAGUUGUCACUUCGUAGCACUUCGUACUAUCUCACGACGAGAGAAUUGGUAACCUCGGCCUGGUGCUACGGCAACUUGAAAUCUCAAUGCCAACCUCAUAUUGGGCUCACGGACUGUACAUACGUACAUGAACUGAAACCGUCAACGCAAUCACAAUAUAGUAACCGCUCUUCCGUUUUCGUUUUCACAUCGAGUGUAUUUAGUCAAUGCACGUUGAAACUGUGAAUCCAGGAGGAGCAGCAGGAGGAGGGGGUCCUUUUGAAUAGCUGACACGACGCGGUAAGAACGCGUCCG